AAUGAAACUUUUAUAUGAUUUUGAUGCACAAUAAUAAUCUUGACACGAUCAGCUUUGGUGGGCGCAAGAUCUUUAUUUUGACGCUUGAAAAACUGAAACGUUUGUAUGAUUCUGAUGCACAAUAAUAAUGUUGGCAUCGGUUUUCUGUACAAGAUUAUUGUUGGUGUAAAGAUUUUGACGCUUGACAAAAUGAUACGUUUGUAUGAAGAAGAGUGUCACGUGACAUUGCCUCUAUUUGCAUAUGCGUAUCGCGGUAUACAGCUGUAUCAAGUUCCAACGUCUAAAUAAACGAUGUUUUGCAUGGAUUGUGGAACAGAGCUAUUAAUUGCCACAAAAUAUUGUGGCAAUUGUAGGACAAAAGUUCCAGGUAAAAAUGCUGUAGUUCCCCAACAUAACCAAUGUAUGGAAAGUAAUAUGGAGUUAAAUCUAUCCACAAGUGCUAAGGAGAGUCUUGCUCAUAUUAAGAAGAAGUACAAGUAUGCAGGUUUAAAAGAAAGAAAAGGAUGUUCUAAAGAGAGAAAAGGGUGCUCCACCAAAUCAAAAAUGGAUGGUAGAAAGGAAAUAAUCAUCCACAUUAUGGAUUUAAAGAAAAAAGCAUUGAAGAGGCUAUUUACCAGUGAGGAUGGCCUAACUGGAUGCAUAACAAUCACUUCAACUUAUGAGGAAACGGUCAGAGAGUGGACAGAGAAGCUCUCUACCCACUUCACUGGCCAUAUAGACUUUAAAGCCUACAUUAUGGGGAGUGAGGGCCUGCAAGCCCUGGAGAUGCACUGGACUCUGGAAAAAGUGGAGUGCCAAAAGCCAAAAAAAACUGCCCCUUAAAGUUUAUGCAAUGGCCAAAGGAAAAGGGUACUGGAAUAGAUGAAGAUCUUCCUGAAAUUUCAUUUAAAUCAG